GGAGCGUUUAACUGCCCGGAAACGGAAGUCUCGUUCUUUUUCGUCCUUUUCGCUUGUCUUCGCUCGCUGUGCCGGCCGCGCUGUCCCGCGCCCCUCGCAGCCAUGCCUCGCAAAAUCGAGGAGAUCAAGGACUUCCUGCUCACGGCGCGGCGGAAGGACGCCAAGUCUGUCAAGAUCAAGAAGAAUAAGGAUAAUGUGAAGUUCAAAGUGCGAUGCAGCAGAUACCUUUAUACGUUGGUCAUCACAGACAAAGAGAAGGCAGAGAAGCUGAAGCAGUCCCUGCCCCCGGGUUUGGCAGUGAAGGAGCUGAAAUGAACCAAGCACGCUGAUUUGAACUGUUAAAAUUCAAAAAAAAAUUUCUU